UGAUCUAGUCCAUGUCAUGGUUCAUAGCUGACGGUGUUAGAAAAAUGAUCUACAUUGAUACAUGAAUCGGUACUACAUAUUAUUGCAUUGCACAAUUUUAAAAUACAAAUGCCACAUUAGACAAUUUCCUAUAAGCAAACAUGAUAUUAACCCUUUUUAAACAAUACUGCUGGAUAAUGGUAAUAUGGCAUGUAACUUGGUUUAGCGUUUUCAUACCAUGCAAUGCUGGGAAAAGGCUAAUCAAACGUUCCACACUCAGCAGCCCACCGCCCAAUCGCCACAUCUGAUUCUAAUAAAAACUCGAGUUCUUCGCAGCCCAGAUUCUUAAACUCAAGACAAUUUUAAGAGUUUGUUCCUUCAAUUUUGAACUAUGUUUACGAGGAUGUUUGUCAAGAGUACUUUUUUAGCAAAUGGGUCUUCGUUGAGAUACGUGUCGUCGUCAUCAACAUCAAGUGUACUUAAAAUUGGAGAUGUUUUAAGACAUAAAAGAAUAUUUUCAAAUGAAGAUGUUGGUGAGUAUUCUAAAGUGAGCCAUGAUGCAAAUCCUCUGCACUUUGAUUCUGAAUCUGCUCGAGCUGCCGGAUUCGAAGAUCGGCUUGUACAUGGCAUGCUUGUUGCUUCAUUGUUUCCCCGGAUUAUUUCCUCCCACUUUCCUGGAGCUAUAUAUGUUUCCCAAAGCUUGCACUUCAGGUCACCAGUUUACAUUGGAGAUGAAAUUGCAGCCGAGGUACAAGCUAUUAAUAUAAAAGAAAACAAGAAGAGACACAUAGCAAAAUUCUCAACAAAAUGCUUCAAGAAUGGUGAUCUUCUUGUUCUUGAUGGUGUGGCCAUGGCGAUUUUACCAACUUUAGCUGUAGAACAAGUGCAUUGCCAUGACAGGAGAAGUUGAUGUAAAGUUGAAGUCAUGGAUUUAUUACAAUUUGAUUAAUCACAUUGCACUUGCGCCAUGCUUUUCAUAUUUGCUGAACCCUUUCAAGGAAAUUACAUGAUUUGAUUUUGUAUUGACUUUGUUUCGUUUUCUUGUCUUGACUAUUUCUGCAAUAAUUUUCUUGACAUUGUUGAUUUGUUUCUUUUUUUCUUUUUUUUUUUCUUAAUUUUGAAUCUUAAUAUUAUUGAACAGUAAAAUCCCUUCUUUUAGGAAUUUAACCCCGAAGGUUGUUGAAA